AUGGAAGUCGCCAAACACCCACCGCCAAAACUGGCCACGGCGUCUGUAACGACGAUAUAUCUGUCGAGCAACACGCCGUUUGUCUCUGGGAUGAAACGGGUUAAGCGCCAUCUCGACAAGAUGCAGCGUAAACGGCUCGGCCGCUACGUCGUAGUGUUUGGCCUGGGAAAGGCGAUUCAAAAGGCGCUGGCAGUAGCAAUGGAGCUACAAAGCUUGGGGUACCGGGUCAAAGUCUACACGAAAACUAUGCAUGCUCUUGACGAGCAUAUCGACGAAGAUGCGGGCACAUCUGAGAUGGUUAAACGGCCUGUGGGUGCGAUCGAGCUCCAUGUGUAUCCGCUGGCCGAUAAAUACAAAAAGACAUUGUGA